AUGGCUUGCAGUGGCAAGCUCCCUACAAAGGCGGCUUUUAAGGAGGCGCGAGAGAAGGCGUCCGCUGGUGGUGCUCCACCCGCAGAGCGGCGCGGAGGGGAGGGCAGCACAGACAAGAGCCCGUCUAAGGGGAAAGGGGGGAGCAAACAGACGUCCAAGACCAGGAAGACCAACAAGAAGAAGUGGAGUCUUCUUCGAUCCCAAGGAAGUGGAGGCUCAAGCGCGUGAAGCACUAUUGCACCGAAGACGAUGGCACAGCAGACGCGUUUUCGGUGACACCCCAUUCCAACCUCGGCCUUUCUCCCCACCGCAACACGCCGCUACCUCUGCCAGGCCUAUAUUUAUAAUACCGGACCACCAAAAGUUAUCACUCUCUCCCGAAGUCCACCAUCUGCAUUCCCCGAUCCGCUUCCCAGACGUUGUGUUAUGCACCCUACAUGCCCACUGCCCCUGUCUUUCGCGCAGCCGAAGUGCUACCACCAUCACCACCGCCCGCGCAGCCAUCUCGUCCCUCUGAACGCUCGCAUCAUCCUCCUACUUGCUCUACAUUUCCCUUGUCGAACUCCUACAGUGCUGACCUUGAGUCGCGCAUCCCCGUAGGCAACACCAUUGACAGUGCCCCUUGCGAUUAGCAUCCUCAGCGCCUUCACGAUUACGACACCCGAUGCUAGUCAUCCCGCUAUACAGAGCCACCGAAGCGAAACUAUUUCACCGGUCCGCGAGCGAGCGGUCUCAACCCAAGAUUGUAUACUCCCAAUAUUGCUGCGAUCGGGCAGGGACGAAGACACAGAC